UUAUAAAUGGACACACUGCUAUUUGCUGCACCACAUCUUCGGUUUCUUCCCAGCUGCAGGACAUUUGUACUAAAGUUUUUGUUGCAGCUAUGGGAGGUGGCUCUUCAACACCUCCGAGAACCCCACCACCUUCCCCAUUAUUGAGAGGUCCUUGGAGACAAAUAUCGUGGGGAGACAAUGAGAAAGACCUGAAGUACGUGAAGGACUAUCAACCACAAAAUGAUGAAAUCAGUCAUCUCAGAAUUUUGCUGUACGGACCAGUUGGUGCUGGAAAGUCCAGCCUCAUCAACUCUGUACACAGUGUUGUCAGAGAGAGACCAGCCAUCCCAGCGUCAGCCAGCGGUACCAGCUCUGACAAAAGUCACACAAAGAUGUAUGAAACACAUAAAAUCCAGAAGGAAGGAAGAGGAAACUUCUACCCCUUUGUGUUUAAUGACUUCAUGGGUUUGGAAGAAGGGGCUGAAAACGGAGUUAAUACAUAUGACAUCAAACUGGCUCUGAAGGGACGUGUGAAAGAGGGUUAUAAGUUCAAUCCUUUAUCUCCCCUGUCCUAUGACGAUCCUGGCUACAACUCCUCACCAUCGCCGGAUGACAGAGUCCAUGUUCUGGUUUGUGUUUAUUCUGCCAAUGCCAGUGAAGUGAGAUCCUCCGUUUUAGAAAAAAUGAAGGUGAUCCGAGAAGCAGCCACUGAGUUGGGUAUUCCUCAACUGGCUGUUCUCACCCACAUUGAUAAGGCGUGUGGUGAAACUGAAGAGAGCCUGAGGAACGUCUACAACAGCAAAUAUCUGAAGAAAAAGAUGUCAGACUUCAGCUCCAAACUGGGGAUUCCAAUGAACUGCAUUCUUCCUGUGAAGAACUACAGUGAUGAAAUCGUUUUAGAUGAGGAUGUCAACACUCUGAUCCUGAAUGCGCUGAAACUGAUGAUUGACUUUGGCGAUGACUUCAUCAACAAACUAUAAAGAGGCAGCGUGUUUUUUUGACGAGUGUCACUGCAUGAAUUAUGGCUUUGCUUACCAGGAUGGUAAGCAAAAACAUAGCCAAGCCAUAAUUUUUUUUUAGACAAAUGUUUUUAUAGCCAAAAACAAAAAUGGGACAGAAUAAAACCUAAACAUGAAAUUAAUAAACUCCAUGUACAGACACACUUUGUCAUGAGUUUUUGAAAGAGAACCCAUGUUGCACACUUAUAAUCUCAUUGUACCCAUGUAUAAUGACAAUAAAAGUAUUCUAUUCUACACAGCAUAGUACCAGCAUGUGAAAAAAAAAAGACAGCCAUGAAACAGAAAUGUCUAUGUGUAAUAAAUGUCUCUGUAUUAAUACUGUUUGUAUUUUGUUUCUUGUGUAGAUCACACAAGCCCAUGUAUAGAUGUCCAUCACCCAUCCUGUAAACUACUGUAAAAAUUAAAGUGUUUUUGGA